UCAAAAGCUGAAGUAUCAAGAAACAACAUGCUGAUAUGUUGCGUUGCAUCUAAAUCUGAUGUCUGGAAGGGAGGUAACCUACUACUUAAGUGGACUGUCUCGUUGGUGCUGUCUACAGCGCGAUACUCGCGUCUAACGUAUCCUGGGUUGCAAGAGCCUGCUGCAAAUUUACAAUGUGAACGUCAGUUUCUGGGAGUUAAACGAGAUCAGUUCGGUUUUCAAACAGGCUUUGGAAUGGAAGCAAAUUUUAAAGAGUGGGAUAUUGUUGUGUUUGGUGCAACGGGGUUUACAGGACAUUUUGUAGUUGAGGAACUAGCCCGCGUAGCAGACGAAGAAAACUUAUCAUGGGCUGUUGCUGGUAGAAAAAUGCACAAACUUCAAAACAUGUUGGAAAAGACUGGAAAACGUAUAGGGAGAGAUUUAGACAAUACAGCAAUCAUCAAAGCUGAUGUCUUCAGUGUAACGUCACUGAAAGAAAUGUGCCAGAAAGCCAAAGUUUUGAUCAAUUGUGUUGGCCCAUAUAAUUACUAUGGUGAUGCUGUCAUAAAGGCCUGUAUCACAGAGAAAACAGAUCAAGUGGAUGUCUGUGGGGAGAGUUUUUUCUUGGAAAAAUCACAGUUACUUUAUGACCAAUAUGCAAGAGGAUCUGGAGUUUACAUUGUUGGAGGAUGUGGAUUUGACAGUAUUCCUGCUGAGAUGGGAGUUCUUUACACAGAAAAGCAGUUCAAAGGUGAGCUUGUGUCAGUUGACAACUUCAUCAAGUUUCACCACCAAGGAGCUGGAAUAACUGUCCAUGCAGCAUCUAUGGAAUCCUUUUUGGUGGACUUGGUUCGUGUGUUGGACAGAAGACAUGUCAGGUCUCAGCUUCUCCCAAAAGAUUUACCAAAGGGCCAAUAUCAACGCAACAGGUUGCCUGUGUUUUAUCAGAAAUCUAUGAAUUCCUGUUGUCUUCCGCUCAUCAAUGCUGAUGGCUCUUGCGUGGAAAGGUCACAGAGCUACUUUUAUCAGAAAACAAAGAAGAGGCCAGUUGAGUUUCGUGCCUAUCUGUGUCGGCCAAACCUCUUGUGGAUCAUGGCGAUGUUGGGGUUUGGUUUGGUCUGGGGCAUGUUUGGACUCUUCUCUUGGGGUCGCAAACUCUUGUGUGCGUUUCCAAGGUUUUUCACCGCUGGAUUUUUUUCUAACCAAGGACCAACCAAAGAACAGAUCAAUGGCACUUCAUUUGUGAUGACCUUUGAAGGAUAUGGUUACAGUGGUAAUCAUCGGCACGUUCUCAAGCCAGAUAAAAAAAUUGUAACAUGCGUGACUGGCCCAGACAUGGGAUAUGUGACAACCCCCAUCUGCUUGGUUCAGGCAGCAGUCGUGCUCUUAAAAGAAAGAGACAAACUUCCUCAGGAAGGAGGGGUGUACCCUCCUGGAGCAGCCUUCUGUGACACCAGCUUAAUCCAGAGACUGAACUCACACAAUGUCAAAUUCUCUGUCCUGGAAACUGACUAGAAGACAGACCUAUUGGACUUUAAACUUCUCCUAAGGCAGCACAAUAUUUUGCAAUAAUUAUCAUGAGUAUUUAUCAUGAAUGAAAUUUUCACAGUAUACAGUGAUAUUUGUUACAUGAACUUUACUUGCCAUGUACAUAUGUUUAUAAUAUUAUAAACAUAUUAAACAUCAUGGUUGCUAAUGCCAGAUAAAUAUAUGGAUAGACAGGUACGUUAACACAGAGCUAACAAUUUGUGAUCAGUUUUGUGUACCGUAAUUUAAUUUCUUUUAGCUUAGUACUGUAGUAUCACUGAACAUACUUCAUCACUUUUAUCUUCACUCAUGUUUCAACCAUACGGUCAGAAUAAAAUUUUUCGAAAGCACUAUUAAGCUUUGCAUAAGUGGUUAUAAGAACAAGUGCUAUAAGUGGUAGAAGAACAAGCAUUUCAAAAUAUGAAAUACGUCAAGCAAGGAAAACAGAUGGACACUAGUGUAGGGGAGAAUGGGGUAUUGUUAAAAUUAAGCACAUUUUUAAAAUGUCUAAAAAGUUUCUUGAAGUAGGAACUGAAAACAGUCUAACACAUAUUCAUAAUUAAAGAACAUCAGGUGUUUUAUUUUUUAUUUUCCAUGUACAAUCUCUGUUAGCAUACUGAAAGAAUAAAUAUACUGGAAAAAC